AUGGUGCGCAAAGUUUCACCGGUGAAGAAAGCAGCCUCCACCACUGCUCAACAAAAUGGUACCCCAAACAGUGCAGCAGACGAGUCAAAUGGCCUGGUAUCAACGCCUAGCUCUCCUCCUUCAAGCGGCUUUACUUUCCAUGACUCUCCUCUCGGUGGCGUUCCUACAAACAAAGAUGGUCAUAUCGACUGGUCAGACUCUUUCCAUGGCUUGGGCCAGGCCUCUUUUCCUAAGGAGGUGAACGAUACAUUGCUUGCCCCUCUUGAGGAUGAUGACAUUGAAAUUAAACCAGAUGGUCUUUUAUACUUGCCUGAAAUCAAGUACAGAAGAAUCUUAAACAAGGCUUUUGGCCCUGGUGGAUGGGGUCUUGCUCCUAGAACAGAAACAUACAUUACGCCUAAACAGGUGAGUAGAGAGUAUGCCUUGAUUUGCCAAGGCAGAUUGGUUUCGGUUGCAAGAGGUGAACAGGACUAUUUCGGAGGUGAAGAGAAGCUCACUACCGCGCUUGAAGGUUGCAAGAGUAAUGCCUUGAUGAGAUGCUGUAAGGACUUGGGCAUUGCCAGUGAAUUGUGGGACCCUUCUUUUAUUCGUAAGUGGAAAAAGCAAUACUGUGACGAAGCUUUUGCUGAACAUGUUGUCACUAAGAAGAAGAAGAAGUUGUGGAAGCUCAAGACCAACAACUUUGAAUACCCAUACAAGGCAUGCUAA